GGCGCCCGGUUUGCGGACUCUGAGGCGGAGGCAGAGAAGGGUUUGCCUGUAACUGAGAGCUGUGGGGCUUGGAGGGGACAGGCAGAGCAGGGAUUUUUGAGGGGUGGGAGGCUCUCGCCCUCUCCUUUUUCCUGUCAUUUCGCUUGAGCCAGAGGAGAGGGGAGGCGGUUCUUCAAUGUGUGCCUUUUUCCAGGGAAGGGUAAUGGUGGUGGACUGCGCCUGUGGUUCUUAAAAAGCAGCCGCCUCUCUCCUUCCCGUCAUGGCUCUGAGGGAGCUCAAAGUUUGCCUACUCGGGGACACUGGUGUGGGCAAAUCAAGCAUUGUAUGGCGCUUUGUAGAAGACAGCUUUGAUCCCAACAUCAAUCCAACAAUUGGGGCCUCUUUUAUGACCAAGACAGUGCAGUAUCAGAAUGAGUUGCAUAAAUUCCUAAUAUGGGACACAGCAGGGCAAGAACGAUUCCGUGCUCUAGCACCAAUGUACUACCGAGGGUCUGCAGCAGCUAUUAUAGUUUAUGACAUCACAAAAGAGGAGACAUUUUCAACACUGAAGAACUGGGUGAAAGAACUUCGGCAGCAUGGGCCUCCCAAUAUUGUUGUAGCUAUUGCUGGAAAUAAGUGUGAUCUUAAUGAUGCGAGAGAAGUCAUGGAAAAAGAUGCUAAGGACUAUGCAGAUUCCAUCCAUGCAAUAUUUGUAGAGACCAGUGCGAAAAAUGCAAUAAACAUAAAUGAACUCUUUAUAGAAAUUAGUCGUAGAAUUCCAUCAACAGAUACCAACCCCCCAGCUAGCGGUAAGGGCUUCAAACUUAGAAGACAACCUUCAGCGACAAAACGCAGCUGCUGUUGACUGAUACUUUUAGUAUAUCAGACUAGCUUUUAUAACAUAUUUUGGCCUUGGAAGUUAAGGGUUUAUUUGGGGUAUAUUGUUUCAGUAGGUUUCUGUCUGCCUGGUGUUCGUACACCCUAAAAUGAGCCAACUCCAACAUAAACACGCACGCUGAGGAGACUGCAGUUGUCCUACCGUUUCCUUGCAUACAGACUUUUCUCUUGUACGCAAAGGGAAUCCACCUUCAGGUUCUGCUUUGGCCUUGUGAAAAAGAAACUCAACCAUACAGAUUGUAGAAUUUAUAUUUCAUAGUUUUUUGUAAACAAAAGUUUGCAUUGGGUUGUUUUUGUAAAGGAGUAUAAGGGGAGGAACUAGCACUUUUGUGGAUUUUGGAGGGAGUAGACAAGACCUGUGAAUUGAAAUGUUUGCUCUGAUCUUUAACGUGUUUCUGAUCCCCUCAUCAUCAUUCCUAUAAGCCUUACUGUUCUCAUUGCUGUUUCUCCAAAGUACGCGGGGGAACAGCUGACAAGCAGAUAGCUGCAAAAAUAAUGAAUGAAAUUGAUCACGUGACCAAAUCGGCCCAUCCAGUCCUCACUCGUAAUUGCACUUUUAAUUAUUUACUGAUAACAUUGUAGAAAUUACAAACAAGAUCUUUUUUUAAAAAAAAAUGUGGAAAAUGUAGACAAUCUUACCUAUAUGCUUAAUUGUUUUAGGAAUGAAUUAGUACCCUUCUUAGAAGGGUCAAUAGACUCUUCUUUAAGGCGGCUGUAAAAUCCUAGAGGAAAUUGACUGAACUGAACUUGAUUAUAACUGACAGGCAUCAGCGGCUGUCAGAACAAGAAGGGGGGCAUCUCUAAUUGCUUAGCAUGUGCAAGUCUUUAUACUCUUAUUUAUGAGACCAAUGCCUGAAGUAUUAUGCAAGUGCCAUAGGUAAAAAUCUGUUUUGUAUAAUCCCUCCCUCCCUCACCCGUUGGUGAGAACCCGAAGGUCAGAAUUGCUGUUGGCUCCAAUCUGUGAACUUACAGCCUCAUAUCGGCUAGCAUCCUCUAGAAUUGUACCGGAAUAAGCUCCCCUCUUUGUCCAGUAGAGGUUGCUGCUAGUGUAUUUUGAGACUUCCUUACAAAAUAAAUCUCCUCUGUGUGAUAAAACAAACAGGGAACCAAAGCCAAGUUCUAUGGGGUGGUGUAGAUCGUUGCCCUUUGCUCUUGGGCCUAUCCUGAACUUUAACUCUUUUUUUUUUCUUGCUGUUUUUUUAAUCAUAUCAGUUUUUAGCUUUGUAUUUUUCCCCAUUUUUAUAUAUUAAACUAUAAAUUAAUCUUUCCCCUAUCAUAGUAUUUCUCAUUAUUUAUUAUUGUUGGAACCUGCCAGGGCAGAAAGUACAUGAGCUUCUCCCUCUCUCCCCUUUUAGUAUAUAAGCGCUUGCUUAAACUUGCAUUGUGUAAAAUAAACCUCAAGGCGUUGAUAUUUUACGUUAACCAAGAGGUCUGUGGUGGCUUGCUCCCAAACCAUCACUUGGCAUUUUACCCUCUUAAGUAAGUGUUUUCAGCUGAGAAGGAAAUUUCAAAGGAUGCAUAGGAAAUGAAACAGCUUGGGCUUUAAAAUACUGAGCCAUGUGAUUCAGAGCAGUCCUAAUGCAACUGAUCAGCUGUGGUUAACUGGUCUGAUUUGAAAUUUCUCUGAUUGGAAUAAAUAGAUUUUAAUAAAAAGUUUGGGUUCAAACUUCCCUAAAGAGUCCAAAGUUCUAAGAUCAACUUGCAUUGGGUAAACAGUUCCAUACACAGUGUUAGCAGGUGUUCGUUUGUGUGUGUAAAAUGUUGUUAACAAGCAUUUUGCUUCACUCCAAAUGUUUUAGCAUGGCAUUUGUUGUGACUGAACGAUGAAUGUAGGAGUUUAACCUUUGAACACUGACAGAGCAUUGCAUACCUCGCUUAGUUUAUAGCAUAAAUCUGCUCUGGAGUUCUGAUUUCAAAGAACAGUUGAGCUCAGUCCAAAAAGCCACUUUUGCUGGGAAACAAGUGUUUAAGAUUGGGUGCUACACAGUGUUUGCAACCUAGAGUAGUUCGCUGCCCUCACAAGCUGACCCAGGACAUCUUACUCAGCAGUCUGGAUUACUCAGCGCUCCGGCUAAGCCAAGUUGCCAGUGGAGCACCACAUAUGUGCAAAUCUAUUGUGUAGCAUAGAAUGGGACCCGAGAGGAAGGAUGGCAGGGAUACAGGGAUGAAGAUGUCUCCAUGUGGCGUUUUGAAGGCACAUGAGUCACUACCAAGCCAGCAAAGUUAGAACAAUUUUGCAGUGCAAUACGCACACCAUAUUGAAUUCCAGCAAGGGCUUCAGAGGCCCCUUUCUGGGCUGCACAACAAGCAGCCACGGGGACUCUGGGAUGCUUCAUUACCACACAAGGAGCUGUUGUUGAGCAGAGGAAAACAAGAGAGCCUGGUAUACGGACACUGGCCCUUGUGUGCCUGCAGAAAUUUUCGGGCCCCCACUAAUGUGCCUGAUCUUUGAUGAUAAUCCUCUGUAAUAAAAUUGCAGUUGAGAGUCAGCACGGUUCUAUACCUACUUUAGGGCAGAACAUUCCUAUAACCAGGGCUUUUGUUCUGGGGAAAGAGGUGGUGGAACUCGGUGGAGGAACUCAAGACCGCACAAUGACGUCACUUUGGGUCAGCUGGAACAAGGGUUUUUUUUUUUUAAGUUGCCCUUGGCGAAAGUGGCCCCGCCCCCUGAUCUCCAGACAGAGGAGAGUUUAGAUUGCCCUCUGUCUGGAGAUCAGGGGGCAGGGCCACUGGCCAUGUGACCAUUUUUAAGAGGUGCCGGAACUCCAUUCCAGCAUGUUCCUGCUUAAAAAAAAGCCCUACCUUUAACAAUAAAAACAGAGUGGCAGCACCUAGCUGCCUGUGCAUUUAUUCAAGACAGGUGGCAAUUAAAGCUUCGUCUUGUUCAUGUGGCCUUUUCCACCCCCACCCACCCCCAAUCAGUGGACUAUUGGACAGCAUCUCCAAUUCCACUUGUUUAAUCCAAAAAAAAAAAAAACCCUUAGCUUCUCAUUUCUUUUUUUAAGUGAAUUUCCUGGGAAUGUAUUGCACACAUGCAUAGCAGUGUGCUUCCUGGUCUCUCCACAAUGAGAGCAUCGUGCCACCACCCUGCAAUAUGGCUUUCCUAGGUCACUGGUGUCAUUGCGAAGCCAGUUGGCUCCCUUCUUUCAAUUAUGCAUAACUGCAGGGGGGAAGGGGGGGUGUUAUCCUUCUGUAGAAAAGAGAACAUCUUUGCAUGCAUCCAGUAGUAUCUCUUCCCCCCUCCCACAGCUGUUACUAUAUACUUGUCUUCUGUUACAACACGCCUGUACAGCAUAACACGUUAGCCCACAAGCUGUUGUUCUUGGAAGCAUUUCAAAGCCCCC